AUGUUGAAAAGGAGCGUUGAGACUGGGCUGUCUUCUCCCGUUCCUGAUCGGUGCCUGUGUAGUGACAGGGGCCAGUUGCGGACAUCCACGUGGUGGCGGGGGCCAGGGCCAGCAAGGGCUGCGCCCGCUCCGAUGCACGCGCAGCUGCAGGGGCGCUGGUCUCAGCGUGCAGUCCCGUGGCCGCGGGGUCGCCCCACUGGUGUUUGGUGCGGCGCGGUAGGUGCACAGCUGGAGGAGCGCGCGGCAGUCAACCCCACAGGGAGGCCAGCGACAAGAGUCAGGGCCGGGUCUGGGGCUCAUAAGCAGCUGAAAAGGCUCCGUCUGUCAGCAUCCACACCUGUGUCUCCAGUAUCUCAGCCAGAUUCUCACCGUGAGGAUUAG